CUGCAGACACAGUAGACUCUGAGCCGCCGGCUCCUGGCAGGAUUCUGGACACGAUCACCUCAUUGGAGUAACGAUGGGUGCCCAUAGCUCCAACCUAGAUGAUAUCCUGGAGGAGGACAUGCACCACUGGUACACCAAGUUCAUGAAAGAGUCUCCGUCUGGACUCAUGACGCUCUUUGAACUGAAGGGUAUGCUUGAGAUGCAAGGAAUGACAGAGGAGGCCAGCAGCUACGUGGACCAGGUCUUCUUCACCUUUGACAUGGAUGGGGAUGGCUACAUAGACUUUGUUGAAUAUAUCGCAGCAAUAAGUUUAUUACUGAAAGGAGAAAUUAACCAGAAACUAAAAUGGUACUUCAAGCUGUUUGAUCAAGAUGGAAAUGGAAAAAUUGACAAGGAAGAACUGGAGACUAUAUUUAAGGCAAUUCAAGACAUCACCAGGAUUUAUGAUUUUCCUCCAGAAGAGAUUGUGACUCUCAUAUAUGAAAAGAUUGAUGUGAAAGGAGAGGGUGAGCUGACGCUGGAGGAGUUCAUCAGUGGAGCACGUGAACAUCCUGACAUCAUGGACAUGCUCUCCAAGAUGAUGGAUCUCACCAAUGUUCUGGGAAUCAUCAUUAAGGGUCAGAAGAGGAAAUCUGUAAAGUGAAACACUUCUAAAAAUUUUAAAGGAAAACUGUAAUAAUUUCCUACC